AUGACGUUUGGCUCGUACCCCACGUCCAGUUUCACCAACCAAGCACUUGGCGGACAGAACUACGUCGUACAACCGGAUUUAUAUCAACAAGCGCUAUCCGGUUACGGUACUCAAGGACUCGGCGGUUAUCCGACAAUGUCAUUUAAUAGUUUCCCUAAUUAUGGUUUCGGAGCAGGACAACAAACGAUGCUACCAAGCACCGGUGGCUACACAUUCGGUAACUUCAACAACCUUGGCGCCACCAGCUAUGGCACCAACACGUAUGGAAAUUACGGCACGGGCACCUACGGCAUUCCUGACCCGAUCACAACCGGUGGCUCAACUGGUGGCAGCUGUCCGUAUUGUUUCGGCAACAAGGGUGGUUACAAAACGAAAAAGGCUAAACGUGCUUCAACUACGAAGAAGAAUUAA